AUGGCGCCUGCUGCAUGCGGCGGCGGACGUGGACGUGGACGUGGUCGCUCUGCUCUGUCACCUCUACUAGGCUGCCUCCUCGUCUUCUCGCUGCUCUGCCUCUGCGCCGUCGUCUGCCGCGCGCAGGAGCCGGGGCACGGGCAGCUGCAGCCGCUGCCGGCGCUGGAGGUGGAGACCUACAACUACACGUCGUUCCAGGAGGGCAACUCGCGGGAGCAAAAGGAGCUGGCGUUCAGCAUGGAGGCCCGCAUCUACCAGGGCGCGAUCCAGGUCUCCCCGGACACCGGCAACGUCGGCAGCUACCAGGACAUCAUGGUCAACAAGUCCGGCUCCGUGCUCCUCCAGCGCCGCUUCACCAUGUGGCGCCGCGUCGACAAUGGCAGUGGCAGUGCCACGGCCCCGCGCGUCCAGGUCGUGUCGUUCAACAGCACCUUCUCCAUCAACGUGUUCCACCUCCCGGACUCGUCGCCGUGGCCCGGCGAGGGGCUCACCUUCGUCGUCGCGCCGUCCCGCGACGAGCCGCCCCCCGGUAGCUACGGCGGCUACCUCGGCCUCACCAACGCCACGCUCGAGGCCAACCCAACCCCGGCGAGGAACCGCUUCGUGGCCGUUGAGUUCGACACCACGAAGCAGGACUACGAUCCCAGCGACAACCACGUCGGCCUCAACGUCCGCUCUGUCGUGUCCGUCAAGACGGCGGACCUGACGGCGUUCCGCAUCGCCACGAACAGCAGCAACCCCACCAACUACACGGCCUGGGUCGAGUACGACGGCGCGGCGCGGCACGUGUCCGUGUACAUGGGCGUCCGGGGCGAGCCGAAGCCAGCGUCCCCGGUGCUGGACUCGCCGCUGGACCUCAGCGAGCACGUCCCGGAGAAGGCGUGCAUCGGCUUCACCGCGUCCACCGGCACCGACUUCGAGCUCAACUGCAUCCUCGACUGGACGCUGUCGAUCGAGGUCAUCCCGGAGAAGAAGAGCACGACGUGGGUCGUCAUCGUCGCCGUCGUCGUGCCGGUGACCGUCGUCGCGGUCGGCGUCGCCGCCUUCUUCCUCGCCAGGAAGCUGCGCGCGAGGCGGUCCAUGGAGAGGCGGCAGGAGCGGCUGGAGCAGCAGCUCAGCAACCUCCCCGGGAUGCCCAGGGGGUUCGCGUACGACAGAGUAGGUUGGUGCUACAAGAAAGGGCAACUGCUGCUGGUGUAUCAGUACAUGCCCAACGGCAGCCUGGACCAGCACCUGUUCUGGCGCGGCGUCCACGAGCAGCGGUGGCCCGUGCUGAGCUGGGCGAGGCGGUACGCCAUCGUGGGCGACGUCGCGGCGGGGCUUCACUACGUGCACCACGAGUACACCCGCAUGGUGCUGCACCGCGACGUCAAGACCAGCAACGUGCUGCUGGACGCGUCUUUCCGCGCGCGGCUGGGCGACUUCGGGCUGGCACGAGUGCUCGACGACGACCGCGAGACCUUCACCGACCUGCACGUCGCCGGCACGUGUGGCUUCAUCGCGCCCGAGUACUCCGUCGGCCACAAGGCGUCGCGGGAGACGGACAUGUUCGCGUUCGGUGCGCUCGUGCUGGAGGUGGUCACGGGGCAGCUUGCGCUCCGCGCCGGCGACCCUCGGUACCCGCUGCUGUCGGACUGGGUGUGGCAGAUGCACGGCCGCGGCGCGCUGCUCGGCGCUGUGGACCAGAGCCUCGGUGCCGACAAGUUCGACCACGACGAGGCCGGACGCCUGCUGCUGCUCGCGCUGGCGUGCAGCAGUCCCAACCCGGGUGACCGGCCCACCAUGCCGCAGGUGCUGCAGGUCCUGACCAAGGCCACGCCGCCGCCCGAGGUGCCACUGUUCAAGCCCUGGUUCGUGUGGCCGCUCAAACCAGGCUCACGUGCGCUCUGUCCCCGCCACGUCGGCAAAAGCCUUGAUCCGAUGAGUUAUGGACCUAAGUGA